AUGGCUGAGGACCCUACCCUCCAGACUUUGCUGCACCACGUCCAACAGGGGUGGCCAAUGGAAAGUGGUCACCUGUGGUCUCCGGAGUUCUGUACUUAUUGGCACCGCCACCAGGACCUCACUGUCCGAGAGGCGUCUUCCCCGGCCAAAAAGCUUUACGACCGCCCUCAUUCCUCCACCUUGUCCCUCCUGUAUGCCCCUUCACCCUGCCCAGCACCCCCGCACUCGUCGCGGCCACGUUUAUGUCCACUGGAUCCAGUCUUGGCGCUCGUCUUCUUCACCCGCAACCCUUCCCGGUGGAUGCUUGCCUGCAUAUCAGUUCUCCUCGAACACGUGAUGGCAGCUGUCUUCCUCGACGAUGGGUCUGUCUACAGGAAGCACAUCACUCAGCUCCACCCUCGGUGUGGGACGCAGCCAGCUCCGACACCUCCACAGUUGCAGCUGGAUCCCGGGGGCUUUGUCCCUCCUCCCACUGCUGGGCCCCAACCACAGCCGCCGGCGCCUCCGCCGCUUCCGACUCCGACUCCGCACCCAUCACUGUCUCCACUGUCUCCUAGAUCACCGUGGGCGGUCGCUCCUGUGGUGGUCCCUACACCCACGGACGUGGAUGCCUCGCCCAGGCCAGGGUUCUCGUCUCCCGCUGACCCGGGGUCAGAUGUCGACAUGCGCCGACCGCCCACUCAGGUAGAAGACUCUCACGGAUACUGCCAGCUGCACCAUAACCUUGUUCCUUUAGGUGAACCAACAAUGUUGGUGACGUAA